AUGACGAUAAACGGGGUCACCGCGUCCCAGUGCGCAGCUCAAUGUCUGACGGGAACAGGAACAGUACCGUUCGGCUUCUGCAGGUCUUUUGAUUACGAUAACGGAAGACAGCGGUGCGUUCUGAGUAGGGAGGAUAAGGACACCGUGUCACAAAGUCUUGAUCCCAACCCUGCCGUCAGGUACCACCAACUUAAUGAUCCAUUUUCUUUCUUCACAAAGACGGCAGAUGCAGGACUUUAUGGCUUCAACACCCACGUACUGAGCAAUCACAACGCCACCAUGUGCGCACUUCGCUGCCUACUCGGCACUGACACGGUAUCAACAGUAAACUGCCGCUCGUUUGAGUUUGACAAGAACUAUAACAAGUGCAUCCUUAGUGUGGAGGAUGGGAUCACUGAACCUAGUGAAGUCGGGGCCGCCGGCAGUAAUACUCGAUUCGAUUUCUACCAAAGAAACGGUCAAUGUGACAGCAGUCCCUGUCAAAACAGCGGAACUUGCAGGAACGGUUUUGACUCGCCAGAAUCGUACACCUGCACGUGUUCACCCGGAUGGGGAGGAGAUAACUGUGAGACAGACAUCGAUGAGUGCACUCUUGGUAUCGACAACUGUCACGACCAGGCCACAUGCAGUAACACCGGGGGGUCCUUCAGCUGUACCUGUGAUACAGGUUAUACUGGGGAUGGAGUUACUUGUACAGACACAAAUGAAUGCACUGCCGGUACCGACAACUGUCACGACCAGGCCACAUGUACCAACUCUGUAGGGUCCUUCAGCUGUGCCUGCGAUACGGGAUAUACUGGGGAUGGAGUUACUUGCAGGGACAUAGAUGAGUGCACUCUCGGUACUGACAACUGCCACGACCAGCUGGCCGCAUGUGCCAACACUGCAGGGUCCUUCAGCUGUACCUGUAAUACAGGAUUUGCUGGGGAUGGAGUUACAUGUACAGACACCAAUGAGUGCACUCUCGGUACCGACAACUGUGACACCCAGGCCACAUGUACCAACAGUAUCGGUUCCUAUACCUGUACCUGCGAUGCGGGAUAUACUGGGGAUGGAGUAACUUGCACAGAUCUAAACGAGUGCACUCUCGGUACCGACAACUGUCGCAUCCUGGCGACAUGUUCCAACACUGCAGGGUCCUUCAGCUGUUCCUGUAAUACAGGAUAUACUGGGGAUGGAGUUAUAUGUACAGACAUCAACGAGUGUGCAGAUAACACCAACAACUGUCACCGGAAUGCAGACUGUACGAACACCGCAGGGUCCUUCACUUGUGCCUGUGGGGAUGGUUACUACGGGAGUGGAACGUCAUGUAUAGCUUGUGGACAGUGCACCGGAGGCGUUGCAUGUAACACAGUGACCGGAGUCUGUUCCUCAUGCCAGCCGCCAUGGACAGGGCAACUCUGUCAGCAAAUCCCAGCUGAAGUGACCACAGACCCACAGGACGUCACCCAAUCCCUGAACUUUGCAGCAGUGUUCACCUGUGGCGGCCGGGGAGAACCCAUACCUACUGUUACCUGGCAACAGGACGGCAGUCCCGUGACUAACGGCGUAUCAACAACAACAAACAUCGCCCAGUACACCUUCUCCAGCACACUGUCAUUUAACAGGGUACAGCGGGCCGAUAAUGGACAGUACACAUGUACAGCUGCAACAAACGGUCUCAAUACGGACAUAUCACAACCUGCAACAUUAACUGUUCUAGAACCACCGGAACAAGUAACAGUGACCGUGAUGCCCACCAGCUCGACACUUCAAGUCACAGUUACUGUGGGUUUCACCGGGAACCUGCCCAUCACUGCAAUCCAGGUAAGAUACCAGCGUACUGACGAGUCAACAUGGAGUAGCUGGCAUCCUGCUGUAGUGACGGGCACACAGGCAACUAUCGACAUCACCGGGCUGACACCAGCUACAGACUACACAGGAGAGGUGAGGGCACAGAACUCUGAGGGCUGGAAUCAAGCUGUGCAGUUUACAUGGAGAACUAGAGAUGCACCUCCAGGGCCUCCGUCAAAUUUACAGGCCCCUUCAGUAUCUCACCACACCAUUGACCUGACCUGGCAGGAGCCUGCUGUAACAAACGGAGUCAUCACUAACUACAACAUUCAGUACGGCUCAACAACGGAAUGCUCGGACGCCGAACUUACGUAUUGGUGGAACACAACAGACAGCUCCACAUCCAAAACGUUUCCCGGUCUGAUCCCGUACACUACCUACAGCUUCAGGGUUCGUGCGUUCAGUAUCGCCGGUCCAGGGGACUACACCGGAUGUGUGACGGCAAAGACGACCGAGUAUACUCCCACUGAACCAACAUCAGUUGAGUUAGCAGAUGUAAACCCGUGCAAUUGUGAGAACGACAACCAACCCAGGAGAAUCAUGUUGCAGGCGAGAUGGCGGCGACCACGGCACGUAUACGGGGAACUACGUGGGUAUAACCUGAAACUAAAGCACCAGGACAUGGUCAUUUACGACUACAAUAUCACAGACGGUCUGGAAAAUGACGUGCUGACAUACGAGAUGACUGAGAACGAAAUAGCGGUCCUUCAACCAGCUCAGGAAUAUUACAUAAUGGUUUUUGCUUACAACGAUGUGUACGUUGGGGAGGUCAGCACUUCCAGAGAAAGUCAGACGAGUGAUGGGUGUCCGACUGCUCCGCUAAUCUCCAAGAUGACCCAGGAAGGCAAGUGUGCAGUUAACUGGACUGAACCAUCUCGUGACAAGGGAAACAUCACAGGAUAUUCGGUCGUCAUUAGUGCCACGAAGCUAGGUACAGACACUCCGUUAGAGCCUGUCAGCACGUCAGAGGUUACAAACCGAACAUGGGCAGCAUCCAUAGAUGAUCUUCCCGCCUUCUCAUUGGUCCACGUCACGGUUCGAGCUAAAACCUGUGCGCAGGGUGAAAGUAGUGAAGAGAUUGCUUGUACAGUAGAGAGGAUAGAGUCGCCAAAUACGAUCCCAAACGUGACUGUGGAGGACUCGUCAGUAACGUCCAGUUCAUUCAGCAUCAUGUUGCCCAACAUAAGCCAGCGGAACGGGCCCAUAAGCUGCUACCAAGUGAUAAUUGUACCCAUGCGGAAGGAUGAAACACUUGAUGAGCUGACUGUCAGGGUUGGACAACCACAGAAAGUCCUGACCAGUUCUGCACCAACAGACGGGAGAACAGAGCCGUAUAUCGCACUUGCCUUCUCAGGUUCCAGCUACAAAGAAGAAAGAGUGACAAUAGGGACCGGUGAACCAUGUACAGAACCAUGCUGUCGGGUGGGUUCUGAAGAAGGUGCACCAGAACCAGGCAACAGGCCUCUGACACCCGGGUCCACUUACACUGCAACUGUCCGUGCAUAUGUCGGCAUCAGUGGGCAGGAGGACGUGCGUGAGAAAGCAGUUUCACGGGCACAAACUUCAAGUUUGUUCAUGGAACCCAUAAUUACAGUCCUGGAAGAAGCUUUGCCUUUGGUUGCAAUCAUUGUCGCGGUGGUUGCUGCAGUCAUCGCCAGUUUUGCAGCUGGAGCCGGCUUUAUGUUCUACAGACGAAAUUAUAUAAACAUUAAAAAGGAAACAACAAACGGAAGGACCGACGUCCCUCUGAGUGAUAUAACAUGUAAGGAGGACUCGGAAGUUGAGGGUGUUCACAACGAAGCACUCUCUAUAAGCGAAGCGGACUCAAAGAGCUAUCGCAGACUUUCGGAAAUCAGGACUGUGGAUGAUGUGACAAAAUAUCUGAAAGAGAACAAGUUUGGAGAGUACGCCAAGGCGUUCAGAGAUCAUGAAGUGGAUGGAGACGCGUUGAAGUACCUCGAUGACGCCAUACUGAAGGACCUCAUUCCAAAGGCUGGACCAAGAGCGAAGUUUAAAGGCAUCCUGGCAGAAUUCAAACAGGAAAAGCCAUCCCAGGUGUCUGAACUCCCAACUCUGAAUUUCUGGGAGAUUCCGAGGACAGGAUUGAAGCUUGGCAGACGUCUCGGCAGCGGCCAGUUCGGAGAGGUGCGACUUGGAGAACUCCGCAAUCGAGGGCUGACAUCCACUGUAGCUGUCAAAACUCUUAGAGACUCUGCGUCUGAUAGUGACAAGAAAGACCUGCUGGGAGAGUUGGAGAUCCUGGUGACGGUGGGUCGUCAUGACAACAUCAUCUCCCUGGUUGGAGCUUGUACCAAAGACGGCCCAUUGAUGAUAGUGGUUGAGUAUGCCCCUCAUGGAUGCCUGAAGGACUGGCUGAAGACCAACUCUGCGGAGAACAACGCAGAAUCUGCCUACCAGAACCAGCCUGUGUACGCUUCUCAGCUGCCCAUGGAACAGCUCAUACAGUUUGGUGUCGAUGUGGCCAAUGGAAUGAGCCAUCUAGCAGCCUUGCAGUGUGUCCAUCGUGAUCUGGCUGCCAGAAACAUCCUUCUUGGAGAAAAUCUUGUCGCCAAGGUGUCUGACUUUGGUUUGUCACGUGACAUCUAUGAGGACAGCGAGUACGUGAAGAGCACACAGAGCAAGCUGCCGUUGCGGUGGAUGGCCUACGAGUCACUUUUCUACAACGUGUACACAACUCAGAGUGACGUAUGGUCCUUUGGAGUCCUUCUUUGGGAGAUCAUGGCAAUGGGUAACCUUCCAUACGAAGGGAUGAAGGGCAAGAGGAUGAUGGACAUGAUCAAAGACGGUGGCCGUCUCCAGAAGCCAAGCAGUUGCCCAGAGGAACUCUACACCCUGAUGACCCGCUGCUGGGAGACUCUUCCUGAGGACAGGCCGACUUUUCCUGAACUGAAAUCAAGCCUCAUCAGGAUUAUGCAGGGUUUCAAGACAUAUGCUUCACUUCUGAAGUAGCUGAAAACUUCAACAGGAAUGAAACGUAGCAGGGCGGUGUAUGACAUAGCUGCAUUUAAAGGACAAUGAACUUAGUGAAGAUGCAAUGUACUUGACUAAAAUCUUUUUCUUUCAUAAACUCUUAAUAGUCUGUCAAAAAGCUUAUAUUUCAUAAUACAUAUGUGACAGAUAGAAACAUUGUGCAAGACAUAAAAAAUAGUUAAAAAAGAAUGGACUUUUCCUUACGAUAUGCUGUAGUACUAUGGUGUUUAUAGUACACAUCCUUUUUAUACAUUAUAUCUAUUAGCUUUACAGAUAUACUACAGAUGAUGUUUGUUUUGCCACAACCAAUGCAAACGUCCAAAUCAAAGGACACAAUAAAAUACAAUAACUGUUUCUCUUUUUUGUAAAAGCCCAUUGAUAUCAACGGUUAAUAGGGG